UGCUCUCCCCCCUCUCUCUCUUCUCCCUCUCCCUACUUUACUCUCCCACACUCUCUCUACCCCUUCCAUACACCCAUACAGCCCUUGGGACCUUUCCUUGUCCUUCUACCAUUAAUUCUCCUCAAUACAAAUUCAUCCACUAGUUGCGCAAUUGCGCAAUUGACCCAUUCUUCUCUUUCUCAAUAUCCUAAUCAUCAUACAUCAUGUCUACUCGUAAGAGAAAGCAAGAAGCCGAGGAAGAGGAAGAGCUCCAAUCGCUUCCUGAAGACAGCGAGGAAGAAGAGGACAGAUAUGAAGACUCCGAGGUAGAGCAAAGCGACCUCGGCAGCGAGGAAGAGGAGGAGGAAUUUGACGAGGAAGCCGAGGGUGAGGCUGAAGAGCCUGAAGAAGAAGCCCCUGCGCCCAAGAAACGAAAGACCGCUCCAGCUCCUCCGGCUGACGAGGAGGAGGAAGAGGAGGAGGUUGAACAGAACGGCGAAAACGAUGCCGAGAACGGCGUUGACGAUGAGGAGGAGGAAGAGGAGGAAGAGCUCGCUGAUGAUGACCUCGAAGAUGAAGAUGAUACCGCUAAGGACAGUGGGCCCGCCAAGGCGGCCGCGAAGGCCAAGGGAGGUGUUGUUCCCAAGGAGCCUGAGGUGGAUAUCGAGGGCGAUGACGAGUGAUCAUAUCACUGUUCUUGUGCCCUAUAUCACUUCGUCUUCUACCCGAGGCAGCGAUCUUGACUGAUCUCGAAGAUGCUU